UAUGCUAUCGACAAUAUUAGCCGGUAUUUGCCUUCUACUGCUUGUCGUAUACUUAUUUUUGAUUUGGCCCUAUGAUUACUGGCAGAAACGCGGAGUAAACGGGCCGAAACCUUUGCCAUUUGUGGGAAAUUAUUUGAGUACUUUAACCCUGAAGCGGAAUAUUGUCCUUGAUAUUCAGGAUAUUGACAAGAAAUCGGAUUUUAUAUUUGGAAAUAAUCCCUUUAUGUUAACUGGCGAUGAGUGGAAGGAAAGGAGAGCUGAAGUUACUCUAGGUCUUACAAUGAACAGAAUAAAAAAUGUUUUCCCGGUCACCGAAAAGAUCUGUAAAUCAAUGGUAGAAUAUAUUGCACAACAAUCGUUAAUGGCUAGCAAGGUUGGUAUUAAUGCAAAUGAGCUCAGCUUACGUUUCACCUGUGAAGUUGUUACCGAUUGUGUUUUGGGUGUAAAGGCCGAAGCCUUCACCAACGAAUCCAGUGUUAUUUUGGAGAAGACCAAAAACAUCUUCGAGCAAACCCCUACCUUUAAAAUUUAUUCCAUUUUGCAUGGCCUCUUCCCAUGGAUUCAGAAAUACAAGAAAGUUAAUUUUGUUCCCAAGCCAAUCGAAAUAUUUUUUGUCGAUCUAAUGCAAAAUGUUUUGAGUAUGAGAAAAGCUCAAAUCGAAGAGGGGAUUAAUGUGGAUCGUGCCGAUUUUCUAAAUUAUAUGCUGCAUUUGCAAGAUAAAAAGAAUUUGGAUCUCAAGGAGUUGACCGCGCAUACAAUGACAUUUUUACUGGAUGGAUUUUUGACAACUGCAAAUGUGCUGUCACAUUGUUUAUUACUGCUGGGCCGUGAUUCAAAACGUCAACAAAUUUUGCGUGAGGAAAUCACAGAAAAUUUGAAAAAUAUCAAUGAUUUUGAGAAAAUUAUGGAUUUGCCAUAUCUCGAUGCCAGUAUUCAUGAAACUCUUCGUUUAUUCCCACCCGUUAGCUUCAAUUUGAAAAUGUGUACCGAACCCGCAGAAUUGGAAAACUCAAAUGGCCAUAAAUUACAUGUCGAACCGGGAACAGCCAUCGUUAUACCGACCCUAGCCAUUAUGACGGAUGAAAAUCAUUAUGAAAAUCCACUAUCCUUUGUGCCAGAACGUUUCCUCAACGGUGGUCUCAAACGCUACAAGGAACAAGGUCUAUUUCUGGGAUUUGGUGAUGGACCACGUAUUUGUUUGGGAAUGCGCUUUGCUUUAGCACAACUCAAAACAGCCUUGGUUGAAAUCAUUCGAAAUUAUUAUGUUCACAUUAAUCCAAAGACCCGCCAGGACAACAAGUUUGAUCCUAUAUAUUUUAUGUUGCGACUUGAUGGUGGCAUUUGGUUGGAUUUUGAAAAACUGAUAAAAUGA